UCGGAUCAAACUCCGUCCAAGUCCUCCAAGAAAAAGGCUAGCAAAGAAUCAUCUGUGACUGAAGCUGUCGAAGUUGAGCAUGCUGGCUCAUCGGAUCAAGCUCUGUCCAAGUCCUCCAAGAAAAAGGCUAGCAAAGAAUCAUCUGUGACUGAGGCUGUCGAAGUUGAGCAUGCUGGCUCAUCGGAUCAAGCUCCGUCCAAAUCCUCCGAGAAAAAGAAACAUCAUUCAAGGUCUUCACCUGAUACUAGCUCUUCUGAUGAAGACCAUUUGCUCAUCCCUAAGUUAAGAAGGACCAAAAGCAUUGUGAUGAACAAACUUGAUAAUUUGGAGUCCGAUGACCUAUUUGACCCUUCAUCAAAUGAGAGUGGAGAAGAAUAUGUUCCUAAAAGUAGUGAGGAAUACUCUGAAGAUACUGACACAAGUGAAAUUAUGGAAACUGACGAUCAGAAAAGACUCCUCCUCUGUCAUUUUAAGAAAGUUGCAGUUUCACCUCCCCCUGUGAUGAAGGAGAACAGUAAAGAUAAAUGUACGGAGAGGGGACUUCACAGGGGACGUUCACCAACAAAAAAGCAUGAAAAAUUUCAUAAAUCCAAAAGGCGACGUUUUAGUCCUUCACUCUGUCGCACUAAAUGCAUUGGUGAGGCUCAGUCAGCUGAUCAAAUUGGACGUUCAAGUGAAGACGACAGCUCUGCCACAUCAACACCUGUUGCAGAAGAUGAUGGUGUAUUUUACUCUUCAGUUGCAGAUGAUAGAUGUCCUAAAGUUUCUCCUGUCAUACCUGCUGUUUCAAAAAGUCAGGAUGGGUCACGCAUUUACAACAAAAAGCAGUACUGUUUGUACUGUAAACAGGGAUACAUAAAAAUUUCAAGGCAUUUGGAGCGUGCUCAUCACAACAAACCUGAGGUUGCACAAGCCAUAGCUUUUCCCAAAGGCUCCAGGGAAAGAAGGUUACACCUCGAACAUUUGAGAAACAGAGGCAACUUUGCACAUAAUGUUGAGGUGCUUAAUAGUGGCACUGGAAGACUGGUUCCACGCAAGCAACCAAGGGAAACAUCUGAAUCACAAAAUUAUCUCCACUGCACCUAUUGCCAAGGAUUAUUCACAAAAAAAGUCCUCUGGAGGCACAUGACAAUCUGCAAGUUCAAGCCCAAUGUUGUCAAGAAACCUGGCAAAACACGAGUUCAGUCGCUCUGUGCAUUUGCUGUUCCCCCUCCCCCAGGAGUGAAGACAGAGUUCUGGAAGUUGUUGAACUCCAUGAUUCAGGAUGAGGUGUACUCUGCUGUAAAAUCUGAUGAACUCAUCAUUGAAUAUGGACAGCAUCUUUACAAUAGACUGGGUUAUGAUCCCACAAAACAUGAGUACAUUCGUCAAAAGAUGAGAGAACUUGGAAGACUUUUGAUACAUUCAAAGAAAAUUACCCCCAUGACGACGAUUGAAGAACACAUUAAACCUGCAAAUUUUAUGCUGGUUGUGGAAUCUGUAAAAUCCCUAGCAGGUUUUACGGUUGAAACAAACACCUACAGGUGCCCUAGUUUAGCGUUGAAGAUUGGAUACAGCUUGACAAAAAUUUCACAGCUGGUUGAAAGUCGUGCAAAUGUGCAGAAGAAUUACAGUGCAGCUAAAGAUGCUCGUGCAUUCCGAAAUGUUUAUGAAUCAAGAUGGAAUGAGUUUGUGUCAGCUGCAUCUCUGAGAACACUCCAGGAAUCAAAGUGGAAUGCUCCACAGUUGCUUCCCUUUACUAAAGAUGUCCAGACUCUUCAUUUACAUCUAAGUGAGCAACAACAACAUUUUUACAACCAAUUAUCAACAGAAGUAUCCUCACAAACCUGGAUGAAUCUGACCAAAGUCACCCUGACUCAAGUGAUUCUGUUCAACAGACGCCGAUCCGGGGAAGUAUCAAAAAUGUCCCUUUCCGCAUAUCUGUCUUCGAUUCCAAAUAGUGAUCAGGAUGAUUUGAAAGAAGCUCUAUCUGACCUUGAAAAAAAACUGUGCAAACAUUUUAGAAGAUUAGAAAUAAGAGGGAAAAGGGGCAGAAAGGUACCAGUCCUACUGACUCCAGAAAUGCAGCAGUCAUUGGAUAUGCUUGUCAGCAAACGACAGGAAUGUGGUGUACCUACAGAAAACAUCUACUUAUUUGCAAGACCAUUCGCAAUGAGUUGCUAUCGUGGCUCUGAUUGCCUUCGGCAUUUUGCUAGCACCUGUGGAGCCAAAAGACCAGACACAUUGACAUCAACAAAGCUGCGCAAGCAAACAGCAACUCUGUCUCAGAUUUUGAACCUGAGCAAUACAGAGUUGGAUCAGCUAGCAAAUUUCCUUGGUCACGAUAUAAGAGUUCAUCGCCAGUUUUACAGGCUUCCAGAAGGCACCCUUCAGCUUGCUAAAAUCAGUAAAGUACUCAUGGCACUGGAGCAGGGACGUCUUGUUGACUUUAAAGGAAAAAGCCUGGAUGACAUAACCAUUGACCCUGAAGAGAAUGUGAAGUUGGACAGUGAGGAAGAGGCAGAGUUUGAGUCAGAUCCUAAGGAGGAUCAAGUCACAUCCAUCGGGGAACAUAGACCAGAAAUGGAGGACAGAAAUGCCGAAAUACAGGACAAUAGGACACCUUCACAAACCAGCAAAAGUAGUUCACCUAAAAAGGGUAAAAGUCGCCAGCCAUCUAAGAGGAGAAAUUGGGAGAAAGCAGAGAUCCUUGCAGUUGAAAAGCACUUGAUGCCAUUCAUCAACACAUGUCGUGUUCCAGGGAAGACUGAUUGUGAGACGUGUCUAAAACAGGAACCUGUUGCACUCAGACACCGAAAUUGGCUAGCUAUUAAGUUUUAUGUCAAGAAUCGCAUAACAGCCCUCAAAAACAAAGUUUAGAAGGUUUUAAUUUCAAACUUCUUUUAAGUGCUUUAGUUGCUUAGUCAUGUCAUAGACAUUUCAGUUUGUCUUUGUCUUCCUUUAAAGUACAGGCAAUAGGACAUUUUUUCGUUCGGACAUGGCUUCACAAUAACUUAAAAAAACUGAGGGUACUGAGGGUGAUUUCAAGACUGUUUAUCCCUGUUAGUUUAUUGGUAAAUGGGCAAAUAUACCAACCUGAUGCUGCAUAUGAAACGUAAAGGAACGUUUGCGGAACGGUGGAAUGAACAAUGUAAAUAUGUGUGCAAUUGGCAACAACUCUAGUUUACAUUUGAACCACAGCCAUGAAUAACUUUGCCUGUUCUUGGGUGUUCUUAAGAGAAACAGGCUCCUGAUCUGAUAUUAGGACAGAUAGGGAUAUCUUAUUUAAAAGCAGAAGUAAUUUCAGUUUGUAAUUUUUAAGUUAGGUUGUUGGUUUGCAUAGCAUUUACAGGGGGGAAAAAUCCCAUCAAGAGUUCUGUUGAUGGGAACAAUAAAUGUUCAUUAUUCUACACAUUUUAUACAUCAUCACAGAGGACUCAGAGCGGUCUCCACAGGAACAACACUCAGCCUCUGCGGUUGCUACCUUGAUGCAGCUCAAGAAGUCUUGCCUGUAAUUUGACCAAUAGUACAUAUGAUAUAAAGUGACUGCGAGGAGCAGAAACCAGAGCAUUCAAGGAUUUACAGCUUUGAUCAUGAAAACUAAAUCUGCCGCUAUUGGAAAAACCAAGUUGGUUAGUUCAAAAAUGAGCACAUAUGAUUUACAAGGCUUUGCAAUGCCUUUAAAUACUGAGCCAUACUUGUGAGGCACAUGGCUAACCUUCAACUAUUAUUUCUCACUUUUCAAGAAACUUGAGUAACACCAAUUGAACAAUAAACGUUCAGGUUCUGUAGAGAAAGAGAUAUUUAUUUAGGACAUCCUUAUUUGAGCUAACUGAGUCACAGACACUGAUGCAAGGCUCGCUGAUUUUGUUACUUCUUUGGUGACCCUGACCUUGGGGCAAAGUUGUUUAAUUUAAAUGAGAUAUAAAUGUUUAAGGGCUUCAGGUGCUUUGCCUUGUUUAUUCCCACGUGUGGGUGAAGUUCUUAUCCCUGUUAAGUUUAUUAGUAAAUGGAAAAAAAUAACCAACCUGAUGCUGCAUUUGAAACAUAAAGGAAUUUUUAGCGGAAUGGAGGAAUAAACAAUGUAAAUUUGUAUGCAAUUGUCAACAACUGUAGUUUACAUUUGAAUCACAGCCAUACAUAAUUGCCUGUUCUUUUUAAGAGAAACAGGCUCCUAAUCUGACAUUAGGACCGAUAGGGAGAUCCUAUUUCAAAGCAGAUGUAAUUUCACUUUGUAAUUUUUAAGUUCAGUUGUUGGUUUGCACAGCAUUUACGGGGGGAAAAAUCCCAUCAAGAGUUCUGUGGAUGGGAACAAUAAAUGUUCAUUAUUCUACACAUUUAUAUGCCUUUGUCAUUUAUUUAAUACAUAAAAGUAAAAUAAAAAACAAUUUCCAGAUGUAUUAAAUCAAAAAAACUAAUGGAAAUUAAAUGUUGCUAUAACAUUUGGUCUGAGUUCUUCAGAGUCGUUGUAGAUGUUGAUUGUUGUGGGGAGGAAGGAUUUCCUGUUUCAUUGAGUAUUACAAUGGAUCUAAAGAAGCCUCUGAGUGCAAAUAUCUGAAAUUCUAAUGAAGAGGAUGAUGGUUGUUUCUGUUUGUUUCAUGAAGAAUCCUUUGAACGAUCCUCUCAAGAGAAUUUCCACAGUAGUUCCCAGAACAGAAUUAUUCUAUUGAGUUUUUUUAAAUCCCUGGCCCUGAUACUAACCCAAGAGAUGAUGGCAAAAGAGAUGUCACUCUUUGCAACAGAUUAAUAGAAGGUAUAGAGCCUCUUGCUGCAAAUA